UGCAGCUUCCAUUCCAGCCCCGCGAGCUUCACUUCUCCCACUGCUGAGCAAUGGCACCUCCCACCGCUGCAUUCUCGGCAGAAGCCCGCCCUCUCGCGGACUAAUCUUCCCCAGCUGGUUGCGGCUGGAGCUGCCCAGCCGAGUCCAGCGAGUCGUGAGAACCACACUAGACUCAAAAGUGGGAUCUGGCUGUGGUGCUGACCGAGCAGCUCGGUCCGGGGAGCGGCUCCUGACCAGACUCAGGCACUGUCCUGCGACACUCCCUGCCCCAGCGCCAUCCUUGAUGAAGCUCUGAACAUGGUCAUCCAUGCUGACAACACAGGAAGUGAGGAAGACCUUUAUGAAAAUAUGCACAGAUCCAACGACCACUACACCCACCCUAGAGGGGGCAGUGAGCAGCUGUCUUUCAAUAAGCUCAUUAGCAAUGGCAAUGUGGUCUGUGCUGAAGCACUCUGGGACCAUGUCACCAUGGAUAACCAGGAACUGGGCUUCAAAGCUGGGGAUGCCACUGAAGUAAUGAAUGCCACCAACAGAGAGUGAUGGUGGAGCCAUGUCACUGUUGGGGAGGGCUGGUUUCCAGCUAGCUUCGUGUGGCUGUGGGUGAACCAGGAUAAGCCCUGGGACAAGGCAGGCAAUGGUGGGGCUGAGGCUCGAAAUAGCAGCAGGAACCAGAUGCACACAGUCAUCAACGAGAUCCUCAGCAGGGAGUGGGACUAUAUCAAGCACCUACGGGAUAGCUGCGAGGGCUACAUCAGGCAGUGUCACAAAUGCACCAACAUGUUCAGUGAGGAGCAGCUGCGCACCAUCUUCGGGAACAUCGAGGACAUCUACGGGUGCCAUAAGGCCUUUGUGAAGGCACUGGAGCAGAAGUUCAACACGGAGUGCCCCCACCUGAGCGAGCUGGGUGCCUGCUUCCUAGAGCACAUGACAAACUUCCAGAUUUACUCAGAGUAUUCCAACAACCAUCCCAACACAUGCAUGGAGUUCUCCUGGCUCACCAAGCUCAGCCAGUACAUGUAUUUCCGUGAGGCCUGCUGGCUGCUGCAAAAGAUAACCGACAUCUCCCUCAAUAGCUUCCUGCUGACCCUAGUGCAGAAGAUCUGCAAGUACUCACUGCAGUUGGCCAAGUUGCUCAAGUAUACCCACAGGUAUUUCAAGGAUGUGGAAGCUGCUUUACAUGCCGUGAAGGAUGUGGCCCAGCUAAUCAACAAAUGGAAAUGGAGACUUGAAAACAUCAACAAGAUUACUCAGGGGCAGAGCUCCAUAGAGGACUGGGAGCUCGUGGCUCUCUUUGCGGUCUCUCACGGGGAAGAUCUUCUGGUCAGGCGCUCCGAACUCAUCUACUCAGGGAAGCUGAUUCGAGUUACACAGCCACAAGCCAAGAGCCAGCAGAGGAUGUUUUUUCUCUUUGACCACCAACUCAUCUACUGUAAGAAGGACCUUCUACACCAGGAUGUGCUGUAUUAUAAGGGCCGAGUGGACAUGGAUAGCUUAGAGGUAGUGGAUCUAGAGUACUGGAAGGAUAAAGACCUCCACAUGAGCAUCAAGAAUGCCUUCCAACUGCACUAUGGAACCAUGGGAGAGAGCUACCUGCUGUGUGCCAGGAAGCCGCAGAAGCAGUGCUGGCUCAAAGCCUUUGCCAGGGAGAGGGAGCAGGUGUGGCUGGACCAGAAGACAGGCUUCUCCAUCACUAAGCUGCAGAGGGAGCAGGCCAUGCUGAAUGCCAGCAAGCAGCAGGCACCCAGGAAGCCCAAAGCCCUCAGACAGCCCUGCUACCUGAUGCACCAAGAGCACCUGACAUUGCUAACCAGCCUGCCCCAGCAACAGGUCUUGGUGAUGGAAGAGCCCAAGUAGAAGCCAUCCACCUUCUGGUAUAGCAUUAGCGGCUGGCACCCUUCCCCAAGUGAGCCUAUUCCCCACCAACAGCACUGUCUUGGCCUGCUCUGCCAGCUAGUCUCCAGCUUUCCCUCCCCAAGGUUCACCCAUGGCUUCCGGCCCUCCUCUGCCUACUCUGCAAACUGGAAGUGAGCAGGGCUGAGCAAGGAAAUGGCUUGGAGUCACCAGUUCGU